GUCGCCAUGAAGGACCUCAACUUCGACGCCGACAAAGCGCUAGCCAAGGAAUUCCUCUCCAACUUCGCCGACGCGGUUGGGGAACCCAAAUACAUCAACAUCCUCCAAGAAGUUGCGAAUCGCAAAAUCCGGGCAGUCCAGAUUGAUCUUGAGGACUUGUUCAAUUACCAGGAUUUCGACCAGGAAUUUCUGACCAGGGUUACGGAAAACACGCGGCGAUAUGUUGGGAUUUUCGCUGAUGCUAUUGAUGAGCUCAUGCCUCAGCCCACCGAGGGCUUUCCGGAUGAUGAUCAUGACAUUUUGAUGACACAAAGGUCUGAUGAUGGACCCGACAAUAUGGAUGGUUCUGAUCCCCAUCAGAAGAUGCCUCCCGAAAUCAAGCGCUACUUUGAAGUUUACAUAAGAGCGUCUUCAAAGGGGCAGCCAUUUACCAUUAGGGAGGUUAAGGCUUCAUAUAUUGGUCAGCUUGUCAGGAUAUCUGGUAUUGUGACGCGGUGUUCAGAUGUUAAGCCAUUGAUGCAGGUUGCUGUCUACACGUGCGAAGAAUGCGGCUUUGAGAUUUACCAGGAAGUAACUGCUCGAAUCUUUAUGCCUCUGUUCGAGUGCCCAUCUAGGCGUUGUAGUAUUAACAAAACAAAGGGGAACCUUAUUCUUCAACUCAGGGCAUCAAAGUUUUUGAAGUUUCAGGAGGCCAAGAUACAAGAGUUGGCUGAACAUGUCCCAAAAGGCCAUAUUCCUCGGACAAUGACUGUUCACUUCAGGGGUGAACUCACAAGAAAGGUAGCUCCAGGUGAUGUUGUUGAGCUAUCUGGCAUAUUUCUCCCUAUCCCGUACACUGGUUUUAGAGCAAUGCGAGCUGGCUUAGUUGCAGACACAUACUUAGAAGCCAUGUCUGUUACACAUUACAAGAAGAAAUAUGAAGAGUAUGAACUUAGAGGAGAUGAGGAAGAACAAAUUAGAAGUUUAGCUGAUGAUGGGGACAUUUACAAUAAGUUGGCACGAUCAUUGGCACCUGAAAUUUAUGGUCAUGAAGAUAUAAAGAAGGCUCUACUUCUGCUCCUUGUGGGUGCCCCUCACAGGAAACUGAAGGAUGGAAUGAAGAUUAGAGGAGAUCUACAUAUCUGUUUGAUGGGUGAUCCUGGAGUUGCAAAAAGUCAGCUUCUUAAACACAUAAUUAAUGUAGCACCCAGGGGAGUUUAUACAACUGGUAAAGGAAGCAGUGGAGUUGGUCUGACUGCUGCUGUUCAGAAAGAUCCGGUCACAAAUGAAAUGGUGCUGGAAGGAGGAGCAUUGGUGCUAGCUGAUAUGGGCAUUUGUGCUAUCGAUGAAUUUGACAAGAUGGAUGAAUUAGAUCGUACAGCGAUACAUGAAGUUAUGGAGCAGCAAACUGUCAGCAUUGCUAAGGCUGGGAUAACUACAUCUUUGAAUGCAAGAACUGCUGUUCUUGCCGCAGCUAAUCCAGCAUGGGGGAGAUAUGACCUACGGCGAACUCCAGCUGAAAACAUUAAUCUCCCGCCAGCACUUUUGUCAAGAUUUGAUCUUCUCUGGUUAAUCCUGGAUCGAGCAGAUAUGGAUAGUGAUCUUGAGAUGGCUAGGCAUAUUGUCUAUGUCCACCAGAAUAAAGAAUCUCCGGCUCUUGGCUUCACUCCACUGGAACCAUCUGUUCUUCGUGCAUAUAUUUCUGCUGCAAGAAGAUUGUCUCCUUCUGUCCCUCUGGAACUUGAGGAGUACAUUGCAAGUGCCUACUCCGCAAUUCGGCAAGAAGAAGCUAAAUCUAAUGCUCCCCACUCCUAUACCACUGUGCGAACUCUGCUCAGCAUUCUUCGCAUAUCAGCUGCACUAGCAAGACUUCGAUUCUCUGAAACAGUUGCUCAGAGUGACGUGGACGAGUCUCUCAGGCUAAUGCAGAUGUCAAAGUUCUCUUUAUACUCAGACGAUCGUCAGCGAUCUGGACUUGAUGCUAUCUCAGAUAUCUAUUCAAUUCUGCGAGAUGAAGCUGCCAGGACAAAUAAGCUGGAUGUGAGCUAUGCACAUGCCCUGAAUUGGAUUUCUAGAAAGGGUUACAGUGAAGCCCAACUGAAAGAAUGUUUGGAGGAAUAUGCAGCCUUGAAUGUGUGGCAGAUCAAUCCCCAAACUUUCGACAUCAGAUUCAUUGAUGCCUGACAUGCCUUGAUACUAACAUUGA